UGGCUUGGGAAGAUCCGCGUGUCUUUUUUUUCCCGGUAAUAACCGACUCAUCACCUUGGCCAGCGUCCAGCCAAUGCGGGGCAGAAAGGAGUGGCAGGGAUCCAGAGCAGGGAGGAGAGGCGCUGCACUGUGUCUUUAAGCUCCAGUAAAAUCCAUCAGGGGGAGUCGCAGCCUGCGGGAGCAUUGUGUUUGUGCGCCCAGUACAGUGCAGGGACCUGCUCUGGGUUGGUGUGGAUGGGAUCCGGUGUUUUUCUUUGAGCUCAGGAUGGUUAUACCCGCACUUGAAACGCAUGGAGUAGAGUAAAAAGGCUUCAAAACCCGCCUAAUCAUGAGAUGCCACUGGGUUGUCUUUGCCUCACAUCUUAUUUUGCUGCCACUAACAGUUUGGUGCCAGCCUGUCAUCUUACCCAGCGGGCCUCAUAUAGUCGUCCCCAAGAGGGGCAAGCUGGAGCUGCGUUGCCAUGACAAUGCCACGACAUCUGGCGCCCCUUCCAGGUUGAGGUGGCAGAGGGAGAGGGGUCGCAGGCUGGAGGGAGAGGUGGAGGAUGGGGGAGUGGUGUACGUCAAGGUGUCAGCGGCACAGGCCUACCACAUGGGUCGUUACGUGUGUGUCAACAACAGCACACUAGAACACAGCUCCAUCUAUGUCUAUGUGAAAGACCCCCAGAAUGCCUUCCAGCGCACCAUGGUGAAUGUCAUCCUGGUGCGUGCAGGUGAGAACUGCACCAUUCCCUGUCUUGUGACCGACCCCGAGGUCACCCUCCUGGCCUUGGAGACCUGCGAUGGACAACCUUUGCCCUCUGGUAUGAGUUACCGCAGCAACCUCCAGCGAGGCGUCAUCAUCAGCAAUGUGAGAAAAGAAUAUGAGGGCUGUUUUGUAUGUGUGGGACAGCUCGGUGGAGUCAAAGUCACCUCCAGCCAAUACACUGUGGAUGUACGACUUGUGCCAAAGGUGCCUCCUGUGAUCACACUCUCCCAGAAAGACACUGUUAUCCUGAGGAAAGGCGAGCAGUUUGAGAUUACCUGUAGCUCCGCCAACGUCAACCCGGACUUCAGUAUCAAGUGGGAUUUCCCUUCAGCAGUGCAUCCUGACGAAUCCCACACGUCACACAUCCUGUCCGGUUCCCGCGGUUACCAGCGUGCCACCUCACUCUUGAUCACAGCUGUCAACCAAUCAGACUCCGGCACUUACCGCUGCCACGCCCACAACGAGAGAGGCACCAGUGCCACAGCGCUGCAGCUGGAUGUCCGAGAUCAGGGAUUCAUCACCAUGUUAGGAAGCCCAGGUCCAGUCCAGGCUGAUGUUAAAGAGGGGGAGAGCCUGAGCCUCAAAGUAGAAUUGGAUGCCUAUCCUGCACCCAGGUCCCUGUCCUGGUCUUACAACGGCAAACAGCUCCUCAACACCACAGAGCAUGUUAUCACCAUCUAUCGCCGCAAAUACAGGCUCCUCAGCGAGCUCAGACUAGUGAGGGUCCUCGGCUCAGAGGGUGGGAUCUACAAGUUCUCAGCCCGUCAUGAGGACGCGUCUGUCAAUCAUUCAUUCCACGUGUACGUCAACAGUAAGCCGAUUAUCGUCGCACAGGAAGGCCCUGUUGAUGGACAGGUGCGGUGCGUUGCCUCUGGUUACCCAGUCCCUAAAAUAAGCUGGUACUUCUGUGAGCUGCCCCACACGAGGUGCUCACUCCUGCCCAACGCCACCCAAUGGGAGACUCCAGAUGUCGCCAUGGUGACAGAGUCCACCUUCGGUAGGAGUAAGGUGGUGAGCCGACUGAACGUGAGCAAGGAGCACGCACACUAUCACACCCUGGAGUGUGUGGCGAGCACAGAGGGGGAAGAGGCCUACACGCUGUUCUCCAUCAGUGAGCGCACCGUCCCCCAUAAACUCUUCACUCCUCUUCUAACUGGCAUGGUGGUCACUGGUGUCUUCCUCAGUCUCGUUCUGGUGGUGCUGCUCUAUAAAUACAUGCAGAAACCAAAGUUCCAAAUCCAGUGGAAGGUUAUUGAGAGUAUCUAUGGCAACAACUACAUAUACAUCGACCCCACCCAGCUGCCGUAUGACUCCAAGUGGGAGUUUCCUCGACAGAAACUUCGCUUUGGUAAAACUCUGGGCUCUGGAGCUUUUGGAAAGGUAGUGAGGGCCACAGCAUAUGGACUCUGCUCUGCAGAUACUGUUACAACUGUCGCUGUCAAGAUGCUCAAACCCAACGCUCAUGCUACGGAGAAGGAGGCGCUGAUGUCAGAGCUGAAGGUUCUCAGUUACCUUGGAAACCACGUGAACAUUGUUAACCUGCUGGGGGCCUGCACUGUCGGAGGCCCAAUUUUGGUGAUCACAGAGUACUGUUGCUAUGGCGACCUCCUCAACUUCCUGCGCAGAAAAAGAGAGUCCUUCUUAAACUCCCAAGUUGGUGAUGGUUACUAUCGCAACGUCUCGAACCCAACGGAGCCUGCAACAAGCAGAGAGGUGACUGGGUCAGGAUAUAUGCCCAUGCGACCCUCUGAGAAGGAAAGGCCUUCCCAGUCAGAUGAUAUAGAGGAGCUGUCUCUGGAUGCCGAAGAUCUCCUCAGCUUUUCCUACCAAGUGGCCAAAGGAAUGGAGUACAUUACAUCCAAGAAUUGUAUCCACAGGGAUCUUGCAGCCAGAAACAUUCUGCUGACUCAUGGCAGGGUGGCGAAGAUCUGCGACUUUGGCUUGGCACGUGACAUCACCACUGACGCCAGCUAUGUGCUCCGGGGCAAUGCUCGCCUGCCAGUCAAGUGGAUGUCUCCCGAGAGCAUUUUCGACUGUGUCUACACCUUUGAGAGUGACGUGUGGUCCUACGGCAUCCUGCUAUGGGAAAUCUUCUCUCUGGGUAACAGCCCGUAUCCUGGGAUGCAGGUGGGCUCAGUAUUUUAUAGGAUGAUUCAAGAUGGCCACAGGAUGAGCAGGCCCGAGUACGCUCCCAUUGAGAUGUAUGACAUGAUGUUGUCUUGUUGGAACCACGAUCCUUUGAAACGGCCUUCCUUCAGGAAACUGGUAGAGAGGACUGAGCUGCUGCUGUCUGAAAAUACCAGGAAUGUGUACCUGACACUGAGCAAUGCUCCAAGUCAUCCAGAGCAGCAGAGGGCGCCAUCGCGGAGACUGAGCUCAGUCUGCAGCACGACAGCCCCCACCCAGCCUUUACUGCAAAACACGGCUGACGUCUUCCUGGACUAUGUCUGACACACACACUCCCACACAAACAGACACAAACACACACACACACACACACACAUGCACACUGCUAUAAAACACACAACCCCCUACCUCCCUGAUCAUUCUUUCCUUUUACUGCACAAACUACAAGAGCCAAAUACACUCUAAACUACUAACAAUACAUUCACUCUUACUAACUUUCAAAUGCUGGCCUUUCUACACACACAGACACACACACACACACACACACACACAAACAAAUACUCUGUAUAUAAACGACCCUGCACUGGGCUCUCAGUAUUGGCCUCUAUCUAAUCUCCCCAAUGGCGUAUUGAUCUCUGUGGUAGGUAUUUCAGGUGCAUGUCUAUAUAAAGCAGACUCCAGCACUAACCGCCCAUCAGAUAGAACAUCCCCCAUCAGCAGCGGGAGGAGUUUGGCUCACGUUCAGCCUUAGAUACAUCUUAAAAUGCUUUGGGGAAAACAGAGACCUUUGACUGAGGAAUAGAUAAGCACAGUUGGUGCUGUGAUGAGUGGAAUGUUUUUUGUUGUGUCAGAUUUGUCUCCCAUUUUCUAAGCAUAUUUUGCCAUUUUGACACAAAUAAAUAUGGUUUACUUACAGAGAAUUUGAUGAGAAGAUUGAUGCCAGCCUAAUAUUUGCACACUUGAUACCUUUUGUUUGUCAGGCACUUCAACCAGCCACAAUCAGUCCUCAGUCCCCAACACUUUUCGUUUUUACGCCCAAGCUGCCAUGGAAGUGCUGGUAGGCAGAUUAUGUUACCUUAGCCAGGCUAGCUGUUUCCCUCAGUUUCCAAUAUUUAUGCUAAGCUAAGCUAACUGGCUGCUGGCUGUGGCUUCAUAUUAAACAGACAUGUGGUAUCAUUCUUCUCAUCUAAUUCUUGGCAAGGAAGCAAAAAGCAAAUUUCCCAAAAUAUUUCAAGUAAUUCACUGCAAGAGUCACGACAGUAAAAAAAAAUAUUGAGAGGUUGUCAUCGAGCCUACCUUAAAACUAGUUUUUAAAAGGCUUGAAAAAAGAUACUGUCCCUUAAAAGACCAGAAGCCUUUUUCAUUGUAACACAUGAGCCAUAACAAAGUGGCACGCACCCGAUAACUGUUGAUGAAACAUAAAGCUGAAAGUUACAGAAACACUGAUUUCCACCUGUGCGUUGUAGCUUUGAAUACUGUGACUUGUAAAAGACUAACUGGUGUAUUAUUGUACGUACUUUAGGGUUAGCUUUAGUUUAGUCUGUGGCCGGACGUUUAAAAUUGAUUGUGUGCUCUUUUUACUUGAUUUAUGUCAAACAUGUAUGCAAUGUAAAUACAAUAGAGAUGUGCCUUUAGAUUUGUUUUUGUUAAAUUACUGAAUGCAUUUGAUUGUGACAUACAGUAGUUAUUGUUGAGAGGGCAGCCAGAAGAGAGCUUCUGUAUGCUGGUUUUGAGACUCAUGCAGUUUUGAUACAGUGGGUUGACUUGUAAUAAUAAAGAAAGUACCUGUGAUGGUAAAAAGUG